AUGCCUUUCAACUCCGAUUCUGACGCCUUUCAACUCCACCCCGACCGUCGACGCUCAUCAGGGUGGAGGAAGGCGACCAUCCUCGCGGACUGCGUCGUGCACCUGUGCGCGCCUCGCGGCCACCCCGCCGCGGUCAACGGCGCGCAGUUGAUCGACGACGAGUACCUCCGCGACAUCGGCGCGACCGAUGAAGACCUGAUCGAGUACCGAUGCGAUCCAGCGGUGGAGCCGCCGCGGCUGUUGGCGCCGGGAGCGGAGGAGGGGGGGCACGGCGCGUCCCAUCUCACACUGGUUCCCAUACGACCGCGUCGGCGUGGUGAACGCCGAUCCUUAAGGACUUUGCCGUCGUCUCUCUCCGCCGACCCCUCGGUUUCAAUCCCCGUCCUCGACGCCUUUCAACUCCGCUUCUGA